AGGAAAGACACCGUUUUAUUCAUCUUCGUCCAUUUUCUUUUUUCUUUUAUAAGCAUUUUUCUUCGAAACUAAGAGAGGGUUUCGCUUUCUGAAAUCCCCAACUCCUCCUGUCUUAGAUCCUAUUCUAGGGUUUGUGGCGAAGUUUUCUUGCUGCCUUGUGGUUCAAGAAAUCCAGGGUGGUGAGAAAACAUAAUGAAGACUACCAAAGCUAAAACCGGCAUGAAGAUACCUUGGGACCGGUAUUUCAGCUAUUCAUUCACUUUGUUGAUCAUUGUACAGGUUAUUCUGUGGGAUAAUUUCUGCAAUGGUCAAGAUUACGGGACCCCGAGCGAGGAAGAGAGCUCGGAUCCGCCUCCCGAGAUGGCGAAGUGCAAUGGGAUAUACAUGAGUUAUACCUUCAGCGGGCGAGAAAAGGAAUACCCUCACGUCAAGAACAUUACCGCGCAAUCUUGGGCGUUUAGGGCGAACGCGAUGAUCAUUAACGUCGGGACUGAGGAGGUCAAGGGUUGGCAAAUGUUCAUCGGCUUUCGUCACAAGGAACUCAUCGUUUCAGCAAACGGUGCCUCGCCUUUUGACGGGGAUUUUCCCUUGGAUGCAAGCAAAGGAACGACGUUCAUUGGAUCGAGCAACACGGAUUUGAAGACAUCCAUUGAAACGGCCGGAGAUUACAAUCAGAUAUCGGCAAAUAUCGAGAUCGUAGGGACUCUUUUCGGGGUGAAACCGAGUAUCACACCAAUGCCUAGUAACAUCAAGCUCACAAAUGACGGUUGGCAAUGCCCUGCUGCAAAGAGACGAGGAGGAAAUAUGCAUGUUUGCUGCAAGAAGAACCCUAAAUUAAAGGCUAAACCACCACCACCAAAGACGAAAUUCGCACCUAGAAGAUACGGGGAUCUGAAUAUGGUAUACGACGUACUUCAGGCAUAUGGUAACAACUACUUAGCCCAAGUGACGAUUGAUAACAAUAGCCCAUUAGGGAGGUUGGAUCAUUGGAAUUUAACGUGGGAAUGGAUGCGAGGUGAGUUCAUUUACUCAAUGAGAGGCGCUUAUACGCACAAGAAAGAUGCUUCUGAAUGUAUAUACAGCAAAGCCGGACAAUACUACGGGGACAUGGAUUUCUCACAAGUCGCGAAUUGUCAGAAAAGGCCUAGCAUUUCAGAUUUGCCACCCGAGAGGAAGGACGACAACGUGACCGGAAAGUUACCCUUUUGUUGCAAGAAUGGAACUCUAUUGCCACCUACUAUGGAUCCUUCAAAAGCUCGAUCUAUCUUCCAGUUGCAGGUCUUCAAGAUUCCACCUGACUUGAAUAGAACAGCUUUAUACCCACCACAACAUUGGAAGAUCGACGGUGUUCUCAAUCCGCAAUACAAAUGUGGACCGCCCGUUCGUGUGGACCCGACACCGUUCCCUGACCCAGGCGGCCUUCAAGCCACGACUUACGCCAUGGCAAGUUGGCAAGUAGUUUGCAACAUAACUAGACCUAAAGCUCAAACAUCGCGAUGUUGUGUCUCGUUCUCCGCUUUCUACAACGACUCUGCUAUCCCUUGCAACACUUGUGCUUGUGGCUGCAAUGACAUCGAUACCGACACAUGUAACGCGAAUGCAAGCCCUAUGCUCCUCCCACCCGAUACGCUCCUCGUGCCUUUCGAUAACCGUACAUUAAAAGCAAAGGUGUGGGCCAAACAAAAGCACAUGCCUAUUCCGAAGAAGCUCCCUUGCCCUGAUAACUGUGGAGUUAGCAUAAAUUGGCAUGUGAAUACCGAUUAUAGAAACGGUUGGACAGCGAGAAUGACGAUAUUUAACUGGAAAGAAGUGACAUUCGAAGAUUGGUUCGCAGCCAUUGAGAUGGGAAAGUCCGGUGAAGGGUACGAAAAUGUCUACUCCUUCAAUGGCACACGUCUCUCACCCAACAACCGAACCAUUCUCUUCCAAGGCCUUCCGGGUUUGAACUAUCUCGUGGGCGAGGUAAACGGGACGAAUCCGACCAAAGAUCCACGCGUGCCCGGUAAGCAACAAUCGGUUAUCUCCUUCACCAAGAAAGAUAUUAACGGUCUAAAUAUCCCGGGAGGAGACGGAUUUCCAACCAGAAUAUUCUUCAACGGAGAAGAAUGCGCGCUCCCGAAACAUUUCCCGAAGAAAAACGCGGGCAACAAGCACCGAAUCAGCAUCUUAACGUCCCUCGUUUUUGCAGCGGUCUCGGCUUUGGCACUUAUGAUGGACAGUUUGCUGUGCUGACGAGGAAGAGCGGAGUUUUGGUUCCAAGCCUUGUAGAGUUAUAUAAUCAUUUUAGUUUUCUUUUUACAAGAUCUGUCAUUUGAUGUCGUGUUGACCAGAAGAAUCGAAGAGAAGAGGUGUCUGCAAAAAAACGAAUGGAUAAAAACAAACGGUUUCUCAUCGAAAGGAGCAAGAUUUGGAGAUCUUUGUAAUAUGAUGAUUUAUAAGAUAAGUUCAUGAAAUGUUUUUUUUUAUUACA